CACAAUAUCCACUUCUGCCGUCUUUGAAUAUUUAACAUUCUUGUUAAAACUCGACUGCUUUUAAACACUCCGCUACAUCUUGAGCGCGCAAGUUAGUAUCCGUAAGAUUGAUUUUUCGAGGAGUCGUAUAGUUUUGGACGUAUCGAUUUGAAAAUACCCCAUUUGAAAUGUAUACCAAUAACGCGAAAAACAAAAUUCGUGACCGUUUUCAAGAAAUCAGAGACAAGAUCGACGUUGCAGAUGAUAGAGCAGACAACGCUUUGGACGUGCUCAAAGAGGCGAAAAGAAAGGCAGAUGAGCUCGAAUUGGACCGCGACUCAUGCAAGAGGAAAAUUGAACUUGCCAAAGCAACUUUGACGGAGAGGAACAACGAGCUGAAGAAAAAGCUCAAAAAGCUGGAAGACCUAGAAGAUAAAGACAAGGUCGAAAGCGAACUUGUAAAGACCCUUGAAAAUAUUGAACUGGAUGGGGACGAGAAGUUAAACAGCUUGGAGAAGCAGUUACAGAAGAUUAGCAACAUCGCUGACAAAAAGGAAUCGGAGAACAAAGAAUCAACGCUACGCCUGGAACAGUUGGAGAGUGAACUUGAAAAGGUAAGAAUUUAUCACAACGCGCCCAAGCCUGGUUAGCGCUACGAAACUGUUUCGGCUUUACAUGUUGAAUAGAAACAAUGACUUAACUAGCAGUGUUAAGCUUUUAUUUGAGUAAUUCAGUGCUUAGUUUUACCAAAACCAGCCGUUCUCGUAGACAAAAGAGGCGAUGCUGGCACCCAAGAGAAUUGCCUCAUCUGAUAGUUAAGUACCUCACAAAGAAAUGACGUGCUCCUUUAAGAUUACAUGCAAAUGAUUACACGAAACCCUCCCACAGCGAGUCAUGUCCGACAAAAUGUAUUUUUUUCACGCGUCAUUUCUUCGCUCCGAGGGAACUAAUGUUUUUAGAUUUACCGAACCGAAUAAAUAGAUAACUAAGUGAGGGCUCUUUACUCGGUUAUUCGACUCUUCCUAUCGUUUUUCUUUUAGACGCUUUUAAACGUACGACUUAGAAAUAAUUUCCGUUGCAUUCCCACGAUCACAGCUUCGUUCUUUCUCUGCGGGAAGCGAAACUUAUCCCGACUGUUAUAAAUAAAUUUUGCAAGCAAUACACUUUUUAUGUCUUGCCAACUUCUUUGCCCUGUUUUGGCAACUCACUCCGAUCUGAACUUGGGAAAUUCAGUGUUACUGAAGCACUUUUUGUACAAUUGAGACAGUUGCUGCCGGCAUCAAAACGAAUAUAACAUUUAGGAAAAACUCCACGAGAUAUUGCGACAUUGGACUAUACCGGAACUAUUUCACAUACUACGACUACCCGUAUAUUUCUCGGCUCCGUAAGCAAAAUUUUUCAAACCUAACUGUCCAAAGAAAGACAUCGGGGUAAAACUUCCGCACAGCCCCAUACUAUUGUAAAACAAAUCUGUUUUCCCAAUGGCAAUGUAUUGUUUUCUCUAUCCAAGAACUAAAUGCAUAAUGUAGGAUGGGGCUGUGCGGAAAUUUUGCUGACAUCAGUUUUUGGGACUGACGUCAGUAUGAAACAAUUGCGUAUAUAAUUAGUUUAUCCUGGAUAAGAUUCAUAAGCAUAAAACACAAAAGCAAAUGAAUGCAUUUUGAACUUAGCAUUCAUUGACGCUCGCGUGUUCUGUCUCGACCAUCUACCUCGCUAAAAAUUAUGUAGGACGUUCGUGAUCUGAUGAAUGAGGCACGUUUCUUGAUGAAAAAUUUGCUUUCCGGGUGUUUAGGAACAGGUCUCUUCCAUUCGUCAUCAGUGGCGAAUCCAGACCUUGAGCUAAGGAAGCGGGGGGGCGGUUUUUUUGUCGCUUGCCUUGCUGGGUCCCUCCCCCAAGAUCCUCCAAUGGUUAUCGUAUUGCUUUUAACUCUCUUUGGCAAUCACCUGCUUUCCUUGACCUUUGCAGGUGUUCAGAAGAGAAGGCGACGCUUUGGAGAAAGCUGAAAAACUGCAAGAAUGUAUUCAGCUAGCAAGGAGCCAAAUGGACGGACUUAAGGAAAGAGAAGAGGGAGCUUACGAAAGGGAAGACGAAAGCGAAAAAAAGCUGACCUUCCUCACACAAGAACUGCACACCAAGGCCUCAGAAGCGGAGGAAAAAGAGCGACAAGUCAAUAAUUUAACACUCUACCGAGACAGGAUUAAAGCCGAGAUUCAGGAAGAGAGGAAAAAGAUCCAAAAGACACAAGCCGAGAUAGACAGCCUUGAUGACUUAACAGACGAUUUCUAAUGAUAUUCAUUAAAAAAAUCGCACAACAAGAAAACAUGUAUGCUGCAAAGUCAGAUUUAGACUCAGAGAAAAUUUAAAUUAAUGCACUUUAGACGCUGAAGUUACCAGUCGAAGUGAGGAUUACGUAUUCAGAGUAAUCUCACUUCCCAAAGAGUGAUGCUUUCAGAGAAAAACGCGGAUUGUGUUGAAAUAUUCCAGAAAAGUCCGGGACAUGUAGAGUAUACUACAUAAAAUGCCUUUCAUUUUUAAGCCUGCUGUCCAGACAGUAAACAUAGCGGUAGGCUCAAGAAGCAAAAAGUCAUGUUACUGGAGAGCUGUUCCUAAUAUAAUGGUAAACAUUUUGAUAAAAAACUGUGCUUGCGUGGAAAUAUUUUUUGAAAACUCGAAGAAAAAAAGUAUGAUUCAAUUCACUAAGACUCUCCCAAAUACUUAAAAAUACUCAGACUAAUGCUAACACAAUGCCCAGUAAUCGCGAUGAUUAUGCUGUCUAAAGUUCCGGAG